CUAUUUGAAAUAUGUGCGCRAAAUUCAAAUUUCUAUGGCAAUUUUGAAGUUUGAUCGAUUUGUUUUUUACAAGGUGUGAAAAUGGCAGGAUUGCCUAAAUUACCAGGACUGACUUUCACUGAUCCUACUCUAACAAGUUACCACCUGUCCCAGACGUUUUCCAUUUCAAAUGGGUACAAAAUCCCAAAGAAUGAUUACGUGGGCAUAGGAAAUCGCGAAUUGGACUCAAAUUCGGUCAAAUUUAUUAGUACCAACGAUCCAGUGCGGUUCGAUCCCUCACUUACUUAUGGAAGAACCAAAGCAAUUCCUGUACAAAUGUUCAAACCGCAUUACGCCCUUUAUGACCAAAAAUGUCUCACUUUUAAAGCUUUUUUUAAACAGGGGGUCGCUGAGUCACCUGAUGAGUAUUACAGAGUAAGACAUGUCAAUAUAAUUUAUUUUCUGGAAGACGACACGAUCACAAUUAUGGAACCCCGGACUCCAAAUAGUGGAAUUGACCAAGGAAGGCUCCUAAAACGACAUCGAAUUCCCAAAAGCGAGGACGGGGAAUUCUGGCAUUGGAAAGAUUUGGGUGUGGGCAAAAAUAUUGUUUUCUACGGGGUUGUGUACCAUUUGGUGGAUUGUGAUACAUUUACAAGGGAAUAUAUGGCCAGUCAGGGAUUAAUGAUGGCUGAUCCUGAGCAAUUACCACCUGAUCCCUACACUCAAAACAGAUUAAUGAAAUCUCAUCAAAAUAARUUUACUAAAACACCUUCGGCUGAUGAUAAGUUUAGAAGAUUUUUAGAAUACGAUGGCAAAAUUCUCAAAUUUAAAGCGAUUUGGGAUGACAGAGACUCCGAAUAUGGUGAAAUAAGAAAAUACGAAGUUUUAUAUUUUCUUGCAGAUGACACAGUCGCUGUGAAAGAAAUUCACAGUAAAAAUGAUGGACGAGAUCCGUACUCGCAACUUUUACGCAAAACUAAAUUACCAAAAAUUUGGACCGACAGGCCGGCCCACUUCCCCUCAAUCUACCUCGAGACUACCGAUGAAGAAGUCACAGAAUUCUACCAACCCAAAGACUUACGAGUCGGCGAAACAAUUUUUGUUCUAGGGCGAAAAAUGCUUCUUUACGACUGUGACGACUUCACUAGAAAUUAUUUCAAAAAAGCUCUUUGCAUCGAGCAAGGCCCCCCUAUCGAUAUUUCCGAGAAGCCUAAACCACCACCCGAGAAGAAAAUCCCUCCUCAUGACGGCAUCGGCAGUCUGGAAGACUCCCUCCAAAACACUUUAACUUUUCUGCCAAAACCACCACGAAAAGACGUGGUUAAACAAAUUCUAAAUGCAAAUAAGUAUCUACGAUACGAGAUGAAAAUGGAAGAUAUCCAUCCUGAAGAUUCGAUACGCAGGUUUCUGCUGUUUUAUUCUUUGGGUGACAACACUUGUAAAAUUUUUGAGCCCCCGAUUGAAAAUUCGGGGAUUAUUGGAGGAAAGUAUUUGAAAAGUACUUUACUGCCAAAACCUAAUACUAAUCCACUUGAUCCGGAAUAUUAUUCGCCCAUUGAUUUCUACAUUGGGGCCACUAUAACUGUCUUUCAACAGAGAUUUAUUAUAACGGGAGCUGACUUGUAUGUAUAUCGCUACAUGCAAGCCAAUUCGAGUAAAUUUCCGUGUGAAGUUAUUGAAAAUAUUCGGAAUUAUAUGUUCAAUAAGGGAUACCUCAAAGAUGAUAUUAAUAAGCAAGUUGAGGAGAACAAAAUUGACAUUGAGAAAGCUGAGCGAGAUGCAAUAGGCAAAAACCUGAUUUAUACUCAGACAGAAAUGGAUAAAUGUUUGGAACGUUUCAAUAUAAAAGAAGAAAGAGAAGACCCGACAUUCCAGAAGGAAUACGUAAAAGAAGAGCUAGUGGUUCCAGAACACAAUGUUCCACCAUUCGGGAUACAACCUGUGAAUAACGAAUGCCCCUACCCUAUAACAACACCACCGAUCCCAAGUCUUGACUGUAAAAGUGAAGCGCAACGAAUUGCAUCUACUGAGUACGAUACGGAGGAAGAAAAAAUUAAGAAAUACUACGAUAAAGUGUUACGUGAACACAAACACAUUUGUGAAAAUUCUCAACCAGAAACGCUGCCACCUGAAGACGACUGCCUCGCAAAAGAACGCAAAAGGAAAAGUGUAAAAUUCGAUGAUAACAUAAAAUGCGAAUGUUAAAUUCCUAUAAAUAUAUUUCACUUCCAAUAAAAA